CGCCAUGGCCCUAUCCGCUGAGGUAACACAAGAACGGACGCAACUAACUGGCGGACGCUACGGCUCGGUCUUUCCGGGUCUUUCCACGCCUAGCAGCUCCUCCUGCUGACCCUGGGCCCGAGGGAAAGCCGGAAAGGACCCUUUUGAUCGAGAGCUGGAAUGCAUAAAAGCAGCUGGCAGAAUAGAAGACAUGGGAGAAGAAGCCACCGGCAGAAUCCCUGGUUCAGACAGCAUGGUUCUAACGAGAGGCAUAAUGCGGGGGCACAGCAAAGCCCACGGCGUUCUAGCCACUGCGAUGACGAGGCCCCCUCCACCUCAUCCGGCACAGCUGGCAGUUCUUCUGUGCCAGAUCUACCAGGUUAUUACUAUGAUCCUGAAAAGAAGCGCUAUUUCCGCUUGCUCCCUGGACAUAACAACUGCAACCCCCUCACGAAGGAGAGCAUACGGCAGAAGGAAAUGGAGAGCAAGAGGCUGCAGCUGCUAGAGCAAGAGGACAAGCAGGGAAAGAAAAUAGCCAGGUUGGGAUUUAAUGCAUCUUCCUUACUACAAAAAAGCAAGCUGGGUUUUCUCAACGUCACCAGCUAUUGCCGUUUAGCCCAUGAGCUGCGAGUGAGCUGUAUGCAGAGGAAAAAGGUCCAAAUUCAGAGCUCGGAUCCCUCCGCUUUGGCAAGUGACCGAUUUAACCUGAUACUGGCGGAUACCAAUAGUGACCGGCUCUUCACGGUAAAUGAUGUCAAAGUCGGGGGCUCCAAGUACGGCAUCAUCAACCUGCGCGGCCUCAAGACCCCUGCAUUCCGGGUGCAUAUGCAUGAAAACCUCUACUUCACCAACCGGAAGGUGAAUGCUGUGUGCUGGGCCUCACUGAAUCAUCUGGAUUCCCACAUUCUGUAUCUUUUGGCAGAGGAGACCUUGUACUUGACUGUCCUUAACAGCUUUUCCAGGCUGUGCCUCAUGGGAAUUGCAGAGACUCCAGGCUGCGCCACCCUGCUUCCAGCAUCACUGUUUGUCAGCAGUCAUCCAGCAGGAGGAGACCGGCCUGGCAUGCUCUGCAGUUUUCGGAUCCCUGGGGCCUGGUCCUGUGCAUGGUCCCUGAACAUCCAGGCAAAUAACUGCUUUAGUACAGGUUUGUCUCGGCGAGUCCUGGUGACCAGUGUGGUGACGGGGCACCGGCAGUCCUUCGGGACCAGCAGCGAUGUCUUGGCCCAGCAGUUUGCGCUCAUGGCUCCCUUGCUGUUUAAUGGCUGUCGUUCCGGGGAGAUCUUUGCUAUUGAUCUGCGUUGUCGAAAUCAGGGCAAGGGCUGGCAGGCCACCCGUCUGUUCCACGACUCAGCAGUUACCUCUGUACAAAUCCUCCAAGAAGAGCAAUGUGUCAUGGCAUCCGACAUGGCUGGAACGAUCAAGCUGUGGGACCUGAGGACCACUAAGUGCAUAAGGCAGUACGAAGGGCACGUGAACGAGUAUGCCCACCUGCCUCUGCACGUGCAUGAAGAAGAAGGAAUCGUGGUGGCAGUGGGCCAGGACUGCUACACGAGAAUCUGGAGCCUCCACGAUGCCCAGCUGCUCAGAACCAUACCCUCCCCUUACCCCACCUCCAAGGCCGACAUUCCCAGCGUGGCCUUCUCUUCUCGGCUUGGGGGCUUCCAGGGAGCGCCGGGGUUGCUCAUGGCCGUCCGGCAGGACCUUUACUGCUUCUCCUACAGCUAAUUCUGAGGGUGCAGCCUGGAGGGAGGUGGAUGUGACUCAAGGGAGUGAAGAGUAGCCAUGUUUUUGCCACAACUGCUGUUUGCAGUGAGGUUAUUUUGUUUUAAAUGGAUGCUCCAUGUAUGCAUAUCCCAUCCAUCCAUCCAGCUGUGGGGGAACGGGUGCUGUUUUAUGUGGAGACACUUCAGUAAAGUUAUUUCAGUUAAGUUGUGGGCUCAGAAGGCUUAAAAGUCCUUUUCAUAAAAGGUACCUAUUUCCUUUUCUUGUUGAAUUCCUUAGAGUACCCCCUCCCGCUUUUUUUUUUUAACAAAAAGUACUUUUCUAAGGGCUUAAGAUUGACAAUAAUUAAAUUAAAGCUUGUUCUUUCACCAAAAGCCCUUUCAAGAAACCUAAUGAUGAGGCCAGGCAAGACUGUCGGAGCCGGUGCCUGGGUCCCAGAAAUAUGCAUGUGUACUUACAGUCAGCUGGAGAGCAGGGGAAGUCAUUUCUCUGAGAAUCUAGAGAAAGAUUUAAGGCUAGAGUUGGAAAUCAUGAAAGUAGCCUUUUCAGACUCACUCUAUAUUAGUAUCAGAUGUCUGGGAUUCUCCUUUAUUACCAUUCAUAGGCAUUGGAAAGAAAGAUGGUUCUUUUUAGAUGUUAGAGGUUUUAAACAGGCCUUACCAUGCCUUAGUUGAGGCACCUUCCAGAAUGUUAGGUACAGCAGCUCUUGUUUCUAUCAUGGUGACUUCAGUGUCAGGUUCAGGGGGCCCCAUCUCAAAAAAAAAAAAAACUGGCUUUUGACUUUUUGUCAUCUAGGAGAAGCAGUUUGUGAGAUGUUUAUACAAAGUGUUAAAGAGCCGGUGUUUCUACCAAACAAUAAACUAGAAAGAACCAUG